AUGGCACUCUCGCCCAGUUCGAGGUCUGAUCCCGAAGUGUCCACUCCAGUCGGUGAGACUGCAAGUGAACACCCCCAAGAGAGCGACAAUGCCCCUUCACAAGGUGGUUUCUUGUUCGUCACGUCUACGGGGCAGAAGGCGCAGAAGGAUCGUAAGCAGCUCAGAACACUGCGUGCACAUGUUAUGCGCAACUACCUGGAGCGAAGCCAUGCAGAGCAACAAGAAUCGGACCAAAACAAUUUCUCAGUGAUAUCAUUUGCAGGCCCCAGACUGCGGAAGGAGAGACAAAAGGCUGCUGUAACAGGCGGGCAGAAGAUGAGGUUCAGAAUGCGAUCUGGUGAAUUGGAACUCAGAUAUCCCUACCGAGAUCGGAAAGGUAAGAAGAAGAUGACCACCCCGGCGCGGGAGGAGGCCAGUCACGAGGCCGAAUCGGGGCUCCCAAAGGACAAGACAGAGUCCCUUGACAACACACACCGGGUGGCAGCUGCGGAGUCGGGAUUUGUACCUGGCAUGCCCGUGACUUGGCUUGGGUCGCGAAAUAUCGAUGUUUUCGGCGUAUUACCAGUUCGCUUGGACGAAGGGGAUGAAGCAAGGCUGUACCUGUUCCGCCAGUAUGAAAGAUACCCAUGGUGUCCAAUCAACGGACAGAGCACCUGGUCUGAAUUCGCUAUUAGCGAUCAGCUGGUGUUUCAUGCGACAAUGUAUAGCUGGGGAGUGCACUUCCGUCAUCGGCGACCGAUCCCGGAUUCGCAGGAAGAAAUGAAAACACUGCAGCAUAAAUUAGCGGCCAUCUCGUUAAUCAACGACCGUCUAUCAGAUUCACAACAGGCGGCCAGUGACGAAACGAUCGCGGCGGUAGCGGCCCUAACCAACAUUGCCCUCGUGAUGGAUUCAUAUCCGGAGGCAAGCAAACACAUGGCGGGCAUGCAUGCCAUUGUCGAGUUGCGCGGCGGCAUGUCGUCCCUCGGUUCGGGCGUGCAGCAACAUCUGCAGCGCUUGAUUAGUUGGAACGAUCUCAUAUACUCGGAGGUCUUUGACGAGAAAUUGCGCUUCCCGCCAAUCGAAGUGUGGGAUGAAUCGUGGGCAGGCUUUCAGCAGCGCACCUUGUCUAGGCCAUUGCCUGGCUUGAGCCGAGCCGAGCUCAGGGCGGCUGGUGUUCCUCGUCACAAGGUCCUCGAUCUGCUGAAUGACAUCCGGGACCUUUGUGAUGCGGAGCAACUCAGCCCCCUGCGCACCACCGGGGAAGAGGGAAGAAUGCGCCGUGGUGAUAUGUUCCAUCGGAUCGAAAGGAAAUUGAGACUCAUUGUCCAAGGAGACACUGCCCCGGGAAACAACCGUUGGGAUGCCACCAUCUGGCGGGCAGUGGCUCUGGCAGCGUUGCUCUUCACCCAUCACCACUUGCGAGGCAAUCCGCUCAAGUACCGCCAUUUCAACGUCUUGACAACGCAACUAUACGAUACCCUCUUGACCAUGGACGAGGACCUGCGAGAGUUAGACUUCGCUCCAGCAAUGUUGAUCUGGAUUCUGUCGACGGGAGCGGCGACCAGUACGCCGGCAGCAGUUCACGCCUCAUUCGUGUUUAUGCUGGGGAAGGCAUGCCGCAGACAUGGGUUGCUGGACUAUGAUCGGUACCAAUGGACGCUGGGCGAGUUUCUGUGGACGGGGCAGGCGGACCGGUCGAGAUACCAUUCACUGUGGCUGGAGCUGGAGCCUAGUAUGCGGGGGACGACGGUGCCAUCGUAUCAGCAGUAUGUGCUUGAGAUAUAA